UUAGUGCUAGCAUUAGCUUUUGCUUACGUUUCAGCUGCCUCUCUAGCCGGAACUCCUAUUGCUCUUAAAGAUGUAAAAGGUUCUAAAGAUAUUGAGGGUCGCAUUACGAAUGGCUAUGAAGCAUAUCCUGGUUUAAUACCUUAUCAAGUGGGUUUAUCACUUAAUAGAGGUUAUGGAUUUUCAUGGUGUGGUGGUUCUCUAAUUGGCAAAUCAUGGGUGUUGACUGCUGCUCACUGCACUGAUCGUGUGUUGUCUGCUACCGUAUAUUUGGGAAGCACAGUACGCACUGUGGCCCAAGUAACAUUUAAUAUUGACUAUAGUUCAAUUAUUCAACAUAGCGGCUAUAAUCCCACAACUUUUGCUAAUGAUAUUGCAUUAAUCAGAAUUCCUGAAGUUACCUAUAGUAAUGAAAUUCAACCUAUUCGACUACCUGCUAUAUCGGAAUCAUAUCAAUCUUAUGCUGGUAGUUAUGGUACUGCCUCCGGUUGGGGACUUGCUCAAGAAAAUGGUUUUAUUGUUUCUGUUUUAAAUUACGCUUAUCUGCCCAUUAUAACUAAUGCUGAAUGUGCACAAACUUUUGGCUCAAUGGUUACUAGAAAUACACUUUGCGUUUCGACUCCCAGCGGCACAUCGACUUGCAAGGGUGAUUCAGGUGGUCCCUUGGUUUUGGACUCUACACAAGAACUAAUUGGUGUGACAUCGUUUGGUUCAUUAGUUGGUUGUCAAAUUGGCUAUCCAGCUGGAUUUGUGCGUGUAACUAGUUACUUGGAUUGGAUCGCUUACCACACUGGCAUUUCAUACUAAUUUAUCUGAUAUAAGUUAAAUCGCCAAUGAAAUAUACUAUGUAUAUUUGUUAAAGUAAAUAAAAAAAUAAUAUCUA